AUGGACGAGGGGGCCCUCGACGUGAUAGUACCGAGUACGGAGCACAGACUUCAUACGAAUGCUUCUCCCACCAAGAGGUUCGAGUUGUUCUGGGCCAAUUUUGGUUCCAGAACCCACACGACCAUAAGGAUGGACGAGCCUUCUUCAUCCGGCCCCAUGGAGUUCGACCCUCCCAACACCACAUCGUUGUUUGCAACAACGUCUCUCGUACCUGGUGCCAAUUCAACAACAUCCCCGAACAUAGCACCACUGCCAGCAAGCUCCGUACCCCCACCAACAGAAUGCGACGAUGAAGACGAAUGGGUGUACGAAUACUCCAAUACUGAAACCGAAUAUCCUGACAAGCUCCAGACCUACUACCUAACAGUUGAUUUUUCGAUUCCCGAAUUCUCUCAGCGACCACGCCGAGUCCCGGUAUCUUCAAGAGGCGGGCACCAGAUGAAGAAUUGGCUGAACACGGGAUCCCGGAAAGUACCGGAGAUGACACAUCAUCGCAUCGACUCGGACGACGACGAGGACAAUGCUGACGACGUUCAUUUGCCCGAGCCCGAAGACGAGGAGGACGAGGAAGCGGCAGGCCAGCAAAUACCAGGUCAACAGGGAAAGUCGCCGCAGCCUGGCAUCCCUAAUUCAGGGAAGAAACCGGAAGAAGAAGAGCCUCCCAAGGGGCCGCAAGAAGACCUCCAAGCCGACGACGAGGAAAUCCAGAUCCUGGACCUCCAUUCCGAGCACCCCAUCUUUCACUACCGCAACCGCGUCUUCGAGGGUUCCUGGGCCCGCGUCCUAGGCACCGAGCUCUUAUUCACCGAACAGACCUCCCCCUACGACAAGCGUCGUCUCCCGUCCCUCCGCACGCUGCCCGGCGACGUGGACCUGCUCGCGGCGAGCUGGUCCCGCAUCGUGGCGACCGAGAAGAAACUCGUGCCGAAGCAGAGCGCCGAGGCGCAGCAGCCCGAACACGACCGCUUCCACGAAAUCAAGCGCGCGCAAGGCAUCCGGAUCCCCAUUUGGAGUGACAAGACGGGCGAGCGGGCCGGCCAGACGCGGUUCCUCGAGGACCUCAUGGCGGUCAAGGUCAAGAAGGGCGAGAAGGACCGCGUCACCGUGUAUGCGCAGGGCCCCGUCGACGACGAGCGGAAGAUGGGGACUACCAGGAGGCGGCGGGCGCCUUGGAGGGGCGGUAGACCGCGGACGAGGGGUCUUGGCUGGGACGCCGGCUUGAGCGGCGACGAGAGGAAGCGGAGGAGGCCGCUCCCGGAUUCGCGGCCUGGCGAUGCUGCUGUUGGUCGGGGAAGCAAGAGGGCGCGGGGCUCUGAACGGGGACGGAGCCGAGGUCUGGGCUGGAUCGCUGCCAUGAGGGGUGGCCCCGCUGAGGCAACAUUGGAGGAAGGGUUCGAGGACGUUUCUACUCCCACUCCUGAAAAGUGGGCUGACUUGGAAGAGUCGGGGGUGGUGGAGGCAGAAUACGAUGGCCAUAUGGAAGAAGAUACUGCCCGGAAUUAUUCACGUCAUCGUCGGGCCUUUGGCAGGGAUGAAGAUGUUGAGGACAUCGAUGAUGAGGACGACGACAACGACGACGAUGAUGAUGAUGAUGACGACGAGGAUGAUUAUGAAGACGAGGAAAGCUAUGAGGAUGAUGUGGAAAUGACAGGCAUGGGUCGAUGAUUUCCCGGAGGCGUUUGUUCCAACAUGAUACCCAGAUUUGUUACCGACUGCCCGGAGCGGUAUUUUAGCCGUACAACACUACCUUGUCGUAGAUGACUGAUAAGUCCCCCACAUGAGUCCCCCC